CGACAUAACCCAAUCGUUUUGGUCAGCAACAAUGGCACUCCUGGAGAUUGGACCCGUCAAGCCCAAGCGAAAUAAGCUACCUGAGGAUCUCGGUAAGAUGGAUGAGGCCACGCUGCUAGAACAUAUAACCACGACAUCGGUCCGAUUGUACCAAGAUCAGCCAAAAUCACUCCAGGUGGAGGCGGUUUCGUCGCUCGUUCAAGGGAAACAUACGUUUGUUCGUGCUGGGACGGGCUUUGGCAAGACUAGAAUAUCUGAGAUGUAUUUUGGGUUAUUCGAUAAGAAGGUCGUGGUCCUGGUGUUGGUGCCUUUGGACUCUUUAGGAGAUGACCAGGUACGAGAGAAGAAGCUUGUCAACAUAUCCGCAAUAAAUUUGAACAAGAUGACGUUGAAUCGGGCCUCUAUACAAAAGAUCAAGCAAGGGAAAUUUAGCUUUGUGUAUCUUAGCCCAGAAGUCUUUCUAAACAGUUCGUUAUUCACCGAGCUGUUUUUUAGCGAAGAAUUCCAAGCAGUUCUGGCAUUGAUCGUUGUGGACGAGGCCCACAUGGUCUACCUGUGGGGUCUUGUGGCUUCAAAACAAAGCAAAACUCUGAUCAUUUUUGCUCGACUGGAGGACCAAGCAAUCUUUCGGCCGGCAUACGGGCAUAUAGGGACUCGUCUGAUGGCAACAGACAAUGUACCGCUUCUGCUCCUCUCAGCAACCUGCCGUCCGGAGGCGGUUUCAGCAAUCACAACAAGCUUGAUGUUGCAGCCCACUGAGCUGACAAUGGUUGACGGGGAACUCACGCGACCAGAAAUCAGGUUUAUUCGGAUCUAUAUGGAUUCAACACUCAGUUCAUGUGAUGAUUUGUUGAGAAUCUUUGCACCCCAAUCAACGACUCGGGCAGAAGAUGCGGUGCCAAUGAUCAUUUAUUCAGGCACUCGGAACCGUACUUUUCAGGUGAUGAAAGUGGUGAAUGAGGCGCGGGAAACCAAGAGGCACGAGUACGACCCGAAGGACGGUUUCAUACGUCGAUACCAUGCGGUCACCGGGGAUCAGGACAAAGAGGGCACUAUCGGCGACUUUGGCAAAGGGUCGGUCCCGGUAAUCUCGGCAACAAUGGCACUGGGGCUUGGGCAGAACCUGAAGCGGGUGCGGUGUGUAAUCCAUAUGGGGCGAGGGGAUCCGGCCGCGAUUGUACAAAUGGUUGGUCGAUGCGGGCGAGAUGGGAAUGUGGGGCUGGGCAUAUUGUUCAUGGAGCCCACCCGGAAGAAUGGCCGGAAUAGUAUCAGCGACUUUGUGGAUCAGACGCAUCAGGAUGAUGAUGCCCGCAUGGAUGCACUUGCAGUGACCAAGUGCUGUUUGAGGAUAGCCCUCACAUUGGAUAACAAGGCUGGAUACAUACCACUCUCAGAUGAGGACCCCAAGGCCAUGGUGGAACGUGCUCGAGAGAAUAGGCUAGGUUUUGCCAAGUGCAAAUGUUCGAAUUGCCUCCCUGCUGAGGCCGAUGCAUUGAUCAAUGUCAUUCAACAAGCAAAUGUCGCAAACUUUGACGCACUGCUCAAUGAUCCGUACUCAUUGGAAAAGGAUCCCAGAAUUGUAACAAAAACACGGAAGCGGAAGAUGGCGACACCGAAGGGGACAUGUUCCUACCCACAAAGUUUGGUCAAUGAUCUAGUUGAGCAUCUGUUACAUCAGUUUGAUGUAUUCUACUACAAUCACUUGGGACCUCAUGCGGAAUUCCCGGCGGAUGUCUUCUUUGGCGAGGUACAAGCCCGAUCAAUUGUGGGAUCAAUUGAUCAAGUUAUCUCAGCGAUGGAUGAAGACUUGGCGGUGAUUGAGAAACUCAUUGGGGGCCAAUGUUUUAGCGGUCAGCUGGCAGCCAUCCGAUUAUCUAUCAAGGACUGGAUGGAGGGUGACUGCUACCUAUUACACCUUGGGCAAGCCGACAGACUGGACCGAUUCAUUGAGGAGGAGGGCAUCCGGGUCCGCCAGGCAAUGGCUGAGGAGUUGGCAAGGCUCCAAGGCCUGGCUGAAGCCAAAAGGGCUGCUGACAAAACUCACAAGGCAGCGUUUAAGGCGGCUGAGAAGGCUCGGGUGGCACAAGAAAAAGCGGAUAGGCGACUCGCUGUGGCAGAAGAUAAGGCUUGGGAGAAACAACUCAUGGCUGCGGAAAAGCAGGCAGAGAAGACCCGACUUGCCGAGGAGAAGCGCGCGGCAAAGACCAGGGCCACUCGUGAUCGGGCGGCAGCGAGGAAAGCCAAGAAGGAUGGCAUGGGGCAGGCGAACAACGAGUUGGGGCCUCAAGGGCCAGGGUUAGUGCAAGAAGCUCAUGGCCCAGCUCUGGGGCUUGGGACUGGGGAUUGCAUCCCGAUGGUUACAAACUCAAAUCAAGGGGAAACUCGGUUGGAUUUGAGGCACUCAAAACGGGCACAAGGGGACGAGACAAACAAGAUUGAUGAAGAAGAAAAGCUGAGAGUCUUUGCCAAUCGUCGGGCCAAUGCAGAUGCGAAGCGAGAGUUCGACAGCACAAUGAAAGCCAAUGGGAUCCGCCGCCGCCGUCAGGAUGUCAAGAUGAAGCUAUUGGGAGCCCAGGCCAAACGAGAAAAACGCGGGCAAUUGCAUACUGCAAAGGUGUUGAGGACGGGUCAGUUGAAUGCGGAGAUUGAUUCCAUGAGGACGGACUUGCUUCGUGGAGGGGCCUUACCUGAUCAGUCUUCAUCUGGUUCAUGA